AUGAGGACAUGGCUAUGCUUCUGCUUCCUUGCGCUCAUAUCGGUAAGAAAAUGCCUAGGUGUGAAACUUGAAUACGAAGGUACACAUUCCAUGGAUCAGAAUAAUACGGGAAAAAGGCGUAAGACAGAAUUUGAAAUCAGUACGGGAAUUAUAUCAAAGGAAGCUGAAGAAGCCAAACAGACAGAUCAAGGAUACUCAAGUCAGGAUAAAGGACUCUCCACUACUGACAGCGUUGUAUCGGUCAGUCAACAACGUAACCUGGUCAUUGGUGCACCGGAUCUGAGUGAUGUAUGCUUUCGAGUCUACAACGAAUUUAUCGUUGUUAAUGCGCAACCAUACGAACGGCGAUCCAACAUGCAACUGGAAAAAUGCAAGCAACGAUGCAUGCAAUCACAAAGUGGCAUCUACAGUUGUCGCUCAUUGGUGUAUGAUGUUGCCAACAAGAUUUGCGAUUUUUUUGCUCAUCAAGGUGAUCAACCACCGGCAAGGAUGCUCAAAUACUACGAACAUUCAUAUUUGGAACCAACUUUCGCUCAUGGAUGUGAUUUGGAAUAUGCAAAGAAAUCGAAGAAAACAACAUUUGAUUCUACAGACAGAAAGCUAAGCAAUACGUUGCUGUUAAAUGUUUUAACAAAGGAAGAUACGAAUCAGGAAACCUGUGAAGAAGGAAAGGCUGUUAAGUACCUGCAUACUCAAGGAUUUAAGUUUGACAGUGCCAAUCGGAUAGAUCUGAAGGCUUAUGAUUUAAAUGCAUGCAUGGAUGCAUGCACCAACAAUAUCGACGAUAAAGGACGUAUUUUCGGAUGUCGUUCUUUCGAUUAUAACGAGGAUGGUUGUAGUUUGUUUGGCGAAACGGUGUUGCCAAGAGAUACUAGACAACUCAAGCAGAAUUCUUAUGCUAACUAUUACGAGAAAAUUUGUGUAGAGGAUGAUUUAAUGAGCAGUGAAUGUCAAAGCAUAAAUAGAUUCCCACAAAUGAUACUGGUUGGAUUUGCAGAAACAGUAGUUACAGCACGAUCAUUUGUGGGAUGCUUCGAGAACUGCUUGAAAUCACGACAAUUAUUUGCAAUGAAUUGUACCAGUGCCGUAUAUUUUUAUAAGGAACUGGAGCAGAACUGUAUCCUAAAUAGUGAGAAUAGACAAACGCAGAAGAAUCUUUUUAUGGAAGAAAACACCGAUAUUGUAGAUUAUUUCGAGAUAAGUUGUCCGCUAAGAAAACAGAAGAAAAAGAUCGAUGACUCGCUGUUCAGAAGUUGA